AUGGAUCACGAUGAGGAUAUCUAUGAUCGAGACUGCGGUCUUGUUGAAUCGGAUGAAGAAACUCGGAUGGCUGAAAAGGAUUUGGCCGAAGAUGCACAAUGGAAAAUAUUCCAGAAAAGCACUUUUACUCGCUGGGCAAAUGAACACCUGAAAAAAUGUGAUCUCUUUAUUGAAGAUUUAGAAACUGAUUUGAGUGACGGUCUUCGCCUGGUUGCCCUUGUCGAAGUCUUAUCAGGACACAAGUUUCGACAUGUUAACAAAAGACCAACGUUCAGGACUCAAAAGCUUGAAAAUGUUACUACUAUUUUAAAGUAUCUGGAGGAAACUGAAGGCUUACGCCUCAUCAGUAUAGACAGCAGCCAUAUCGUCGAUUGCAACUUAAAGCUCAUACUGGGUUUAAUUUGGACUCUUAUUUUACAUUACUCUAUAUCUGUACCCUUAACAGCAGACGAUGAAAACGUUCUCCAGAAGGAUGAAAGAACCCAUACUCAAGGCCCUAAACAGCGUUUGCUCACUUGGGUCAAACAGAAAAUGCCAGACAUCCCAGUUCGGAAUUUCACUACAGAUUGGAAUGAUGGUAUAGCUAUUGGAGCUCUUGUUGAUGCUUGUGCUCCUGGACUUUGCCCGGAUUGGACUCAUUGGGAUCAGAAGAAACCCUUACGUAAUGCUACAGAGGCUAUGACUGCUGCAGAAAAUUGGUUAUCCGUCCCCCAGUUAAUCCGUCCAGAAGAGAUGAUCGAUCCUAAUGUUGAUGAAAAGUCGAUGAUGACAUAUAUUAGCCAGUUCCCCAAUGCUUGUUUAAAAGAGGGCGCACCUUUAAGAGACAAACUAAAUCCUUCAAAAGUUCGUGCGUACGGUCCAGGCUUGGAAUCGAACGAGAAUAGAAUUGGUGUACCGACUAAAUUUUAUGUUGAAACAGCUAAUGCUGGAAAAGGCCAAUUAGAAAUAAUUAUAUUCAAUCCCAGAGGUGUCAGAGAAACAUGUGAUGUGGUUUUUGACAAUGAAAUCAAUCAAACAUACUCUUGUAUGUAUGAACCGCGUCUAGAAGGUGAAUAUCGCAUUGUCAUAAAGUAUGGUGGACAUAAAAUACCUAAUUCACCCUUCCUUGUUAAUAUCAAAGGGAUGUCUGUAGAUUUGAGCAAAGUAACUGUAAGCGGUCCAGGGCUACAAAAUUCCGAACUCAAUUGUGUUGGUCGACGUACUCAUUUUAAUGUAUAUACUCAUGAUGCUGGGAAUGGAACAGUCGACUGUUAUAUAGUUGAUCCACACGGCAGGACUGAUACCGUUAAACCACGUGUUACUUGCCCUGGUGGUGAUGAAUGUUUCCUUGUUGAAUAUACACCAAAAGAACCUGGUAUCCAUCAAGUAUUUGUACAGUUUGCGGAGAAACAGAUUACCGACUCCCCAUUUCAAGUUGAGAUAGCACCUAUCACAGAUCAUUCAGCGAUUAAACAAAAUUCAACAUUCAAUGGGAGUGUCGAACAAUCUAUUGUAAAUGAAGCGCCGGAAGUAAAGAAUGCUUCAGGACAAAAUGGCUUUCAUGAAAACCCUAGUGUUGUCACCUUCGUGGAAACAUAUGAUAAUGUGAAAGUAGAAGAUGGAACUAUACCAUCGGAUUCUUUAAUGAUCGAUUCGUUUCAACAUAAAACUGAACGGAACCAUAUUGUGGAUAAUCCGUUAAAAGAAGAAUCCUAUUCAGAUGAAUCAAUUACAGAAAUUCAUCCUGAAUUAGCUUAUGCUACUGGAAGAGGUGUACAAGCUCGUGGUAUACGUGUUCAAGAUCGAGUGAAAUUUUCUGUUCAUACAGAACGAGCUGGUGAUCAAGCUCCACUUUCAGUUACAUUCACUCGUGCAGAUGGUCAAAGUGAACCUGUGGAAAUUCGUCAAAUUGAUAAAUUUUUAUGGGAUUGCUUCUAUUGUCCACAACGACCUGGAAAGUGUACACUUAAUGUCCGAUAUGGUAAUGGACAUAUUCAGAAUAGUCCUUUUACUAUUGUUGUUGGCCCGCAUAAGAAAUCAGCUAUUCGUGCAUUUGGCCCAGGCUUAGAAAGUGGUGUUGUCAAUUAUCCUAAUUCAUUUACAAUUGUAUGCAAUGGAGAUGGUGCUGGAUUAGGUUUCUUGAUUGAAGGACCUAGUGAGGCUAAAGUACAUUGUCAAGACAAUGGAGAUGAUUCUGCAUCAGUAACCUAUACAGUUUCACAACCUGGUGAAUAUGCAGUUCAUAUUACAUGUUUCGAUGAAGAUAUCCCUGGAUCACCAUAUAUGCCUAUAAUAACUCCUCGUCUUGAAGAUUUUUAUCCUGAUAAGUUACGUGUUUACGGUCCUGGUGUUGAGAAAAUGAAUCUCAAUGUUGGUGAUCCAACGGAAUUUUAUAUUGAAGGCUUACAAGACGCUGUUCCUUCUCAUCUAUCACGUAAUUUGGAUGAUUGUCUUCUGCAUGUAGAUUGUCACGAUACAAUGGGGAAUCCAGUACCUGUUCAGUCUAGUUUAUUAUCUAACGGGACUGUAGUCUAUACAUACAAACCUAUGUCUCCCGGUAUUCAUACAAUAUACGCUACACUAGCUGGAAUCUCUCUCAAAGGUUCACCAUUCAGGGUAAAUAUUGCUCCAGAAAUCCAACCAGAUAAAAUGAAAUUAUGGGGUCCAGGUUUAAAAAGUGCUACGCGAAAAAAAUCCGCUCACUUUUUCAUUGAUGCUCAAGAAGUUUUCUCUGGUGAAAAUGAAGCUGAACUUAAAGUUAACAAUCCAAUUUCUGUGAAUAUUCUCAACGAUCAAGGCCAAUCGAUUCCGACACGUUUAACUAAAGAAUCUGAUGGUAUUGUUCGUGUUGAAUAUACACCAUCGUCAUUAUGUACAAAUGUGCAUAUUACACCUUUAAUUGGUGGGACACCUGCAAAAUCUUCUAUUGAUGUACCAGUUGCAUGUGGUUUCGAUAUGUCACAAAUUAGAGUUCAAAAUUUAGAUACAGCAAUUAAUUCACAUUCAAUUAAUCAAUUUAGAAUUUGUACAAACAAUGCUGUAGAUCUAUUAGAUCGUUUGACUGUAAAAAUGCAGUCUGUAGAUAAUACUGACGUGUGUAUACCAGUUAGUUUAAACAUUGAAACGAAUGAUAGUAUUGUGUGUACAUAUUCAACAGAUACUACUACUACUACUACUACUACUGACACCCCAUCAUCUACUUGUUACAAUGUUCAAAUUAUGGUAGAUGAUGAGAUCAUUGCUCAUCACAUUGUAACAAUCAAUGCAGGGAAUGAGGAUGUGGCAAAAUCAACUGUGGUUGAUCCUCUUGUAAAUACUACUAGUGAUAUUAAUGUGUACAAUUGUAAAUUGAAUGAUGAAGAAUUAUGUCAAACGACAAUUGCUAAUAAUAGUAAUGAUAAUCAUACUAAUAUCAAUCAUGUUUCUGAGUUGACAAACAAUAAUUCAUUUGAAGAAAUCACUGAAAAUAUUUUAGAAAAACUCGAUAACGAACAACAACAACAACCAUUCCAUGUAAAGAAGAACUCUUCUGUUAAUGGUGCUGUUAAUGUUGAACACUUGAAUUGUCCUCAUGAAAAUACUCAUAGAAUAUUUAUUACUAAUGGUUAUGCACGACAGUAUGAACAGACCAUGAAACCGGAAUUGCUUGAACACUUGGAGUGUAGCAAUGGUUUAGCAACUAAUGCACUAAACAAAAGUGAAUUACCAGUUGAUGAUACUGUUAAUCAGGAUGAUAAUCAUGAUGAUGAUGAUGUUGAUGUUGAUCACUUGAAUCAUACUGAACACAUUACAAACUCUGUCCAACCGCCAACAGUACAAAAACUUACUCCCAGACCAUUUAUAACUGAAAAGGAGAAAACUGAAAUAAUAGCAAAAAGUAAAUGGCCUCAAUCGAUGCCGGAACAACAGGCUUAUCAAAUUACAGCGCAUGGUUCAGGACUUGACAAAGCGAUUGUCAAUGAAUUAGCUGAAUUUCUUAUAAAUAGUGAACGCGUUCCACCGGCUCCAUUGAGUGUAACUAUUGCUGGACCAAGUAAAGCUGAAAUCCAUUGUAAAGAUAAUGAGAAUGGAACAUGCACUGUCAGCUAUACACCAUUAUUGCCAGGUUGUUAUACUAUAAAUGUGGUGUAUAAUGAUGAAUCCCAUAUAUGCGGUAGUCCAUUUUUUGUUCAAGCCUAUCCUGCUGAUAAACCGAAUUUAACAGUAGACAAUGUUAUCUGUCAUGGAGUUGGAAUCGAUCCUUCUGAUGAAGUGUAUAAAGCUUCCUAUGUUAAAUUCACCGUGGAUGCAUCGGCUAUUGAUCCGCAUAGUGAAGGAAAUGUUGCGGCUGUUCUAACUGGUCCAGAUAAUAGAAAAUCAUCUUGUCAUGUGUUGAAAAAUAAAGAUGGUAAAUAUGUUUGUAAUUAUACUCCAUUGGAAGAAGGUCAAUAUAAAAUUGAUGUAAAUUAUGAAGGUUUAGCUGUACCAGGCAGUCCAUUUUAUAUUGAUGUUGUUCCUGGUUGUGAUUCAAAACGUGUCAAAGCUUACGGUCCUGGUUUAGAAAAUGGUUCACAUUUAAAACCUGGUGUUCAAACAAGUUUCACGGUGGAUUUAACCGGAGCUGGUCAAGGUGGUUUAGGUUUAGCUGUUGAAGGACCAAGUGAAGCACCGAUCGAUUGUCAUGAUAAUCAUGAUGGCACAUGCACUGUCUACUAUACACCAUCUGUUUACGGUUCUUAUAGUGUAUAUAUACGAUUUAAUGAUUUAAAUGUUCCAGGAAGUCCAUUCAAUGUAAAUGUUAAACCGAAUGCUGAUCCAAAUCAAGUUAGAUGUUAUGGUUCUGGUUUGGAGUCUGGUUUAUUACGUGCUGGAUGGCCAGCCUACUUUACUGUGGAUACAAAAAAUGCUGGUGAUGCACCUUUACGAGUUAUGUACACUCCGAAAUCUGGUGGAGAAUUAUCUCGUGCCAUUGUUCAACCAUUCGGUAGUGGUAGAUCAGAAAAAGACUCUAAUCAACAACAUUAUCAUAAGGUUACAUAUACUCCUGAAACAGAUGGCCCAUGUCGAAUUGAAGUCAUGUAUAAUGAUGUGCACAUUCCCGGUUCGCCAUUUAUUGUGAAUAUACGUAAAGCAUGUGAACCGGAACGUGUUCGUGUCCUGGGUGCAGGUGUUGAAGGUCCUGUGCUUGCAAGCUUACCAGCAACGUUUACAGUGGAUGCUCGUGACGCCGGCAUGGGAGAUUUAACUUUGGGUCUUACUGAUCCUAAAGGACAAUCUGUCCCAGUUCGUGUGGUACCAUUAUCGGUAGAUAGUGAAUCUACCGUGACCAAUGGUGUAGUCCCAUCGGUAACAAGUUUAGCAUCUGGUGAUGUCAGUGAUAGUGGUUUAUUAUCGUGUACUUAUGAACCGUAUUUAAUUGGACCGCAUAAUAUUCAUGUUAUGUUCGCUGGAGUUGAAGUGGAUAAUAGUCCAUUCACUGUUCAAAGUGUAGCUACUGGUAGAGCUGAUUUAUGUGAAAUUAAAAGUGGCAUAAAGAAAAUUAUACCAGUUGGCAAAGAAAAUGUCAUUACCGUAGAUACUUCAUCAGGUGGUAAAGGUCGUUUAACUUGUCAAGUGAUUCAACAUCCAACUAAACAAUCUUCAACUACGUCUACUCUUCUCCCAGUUGAAACAGAAGAUAAUGGAGAUGGUACCACGUGUGUGUAUUAUACACCAACACAAUUAAGUGAAUUAAAUGUGGAACUGCGUUACGGUGGUCAAUUAAUUCCUAAUGGUGAAUUUGUUCAAAAAGUAGUGUCACCUGAAGAUAUAACAGAUGACAGUUCGCAUUCAACUACGUACCGACCUGUUGUAUUUUGUCUACCAGCUCCUCGAAAUAAAGGAACUAUUGAAGCUAUUGUAAUACGUCCAUCUGGUUUACAACAACAAGUACCAAUUAAAAUGAAUGAUGAUGAUACAAUCACUAUAACAUAUGAUCCUGUUGAACAUGGUAUGCAUGAAUUACGUGUAGAUAUUCAUUCGUCGGUGAAAUCUGGUUCAACAGACAAUACAGUCACUAUGCCAUUACAAGGUAGUCCAUAUAAAUUUUAUGUAGAUAGUACUGGUACUGGUCGAAUUACUGCCUAUGGUCCUGGUUUAAGUCAUGGGAUAACUUCUCAAUUAGCUGAAUUCACUAUUGUCACAAAAGAAGCUGGUGUUGGCGGUUUAUCCGUGUCUGUAGAAGGUCCUUCCAAGGCGGAAAUACAAUGUGUAGAGAAUGCGGAUGGCACCUGUAGUGUGAGUUAUUUACCGCUUGCACCUGGUCAAUAUACAAUUACAAUUAAAUUUGCAGAUGAACAUAUAUCUGGAUCACCGUUUGUUGCUAAAAUUACAGGUUAG